GAACAACAGCUGUCAGUGUAACGGCUCACUGAGCGAAUUUUUCAAAUCAAACGAAAAAGCGCCGCUCUUGUGAGAGUCGACACACCUCUGAACACAGCCAUGCAGAGACAAGGCAAAGGCAGGACGCCCCGACGGCCUGGCCCAAAGAGGAGUCCAAAUGUGGAGAAGGAUCCUGUGGGAGUAUACUGUCGGAUCCGUCCUCUGGGACUGGAUGAUCAGGAAUGCUGUGUUGAAAUGAUCAGUAACACCACCAUUCAGCUCCAUGCUCCAGACGGACUAAAGGCCAACCGUAAUGGAGAAUACAAAGAGAUGCAGUACUCCUUCAAAAAAGUAUUUGGUGUUAAUACCAGUCAAGUUGAACUGUUUGAGGAUGUAGCCAAGCCUCUUGUCGAUGACCUUAUUCAUAGCAAAAAUGGUCUGCUGUUCACGUAUGGUGUCACUGGAAGUGGUAAGACAUUCACCAUGACCGGCUCACCUGGAGAAGGUGGACUCCUCCCUCGCUCCCUGGAUAUGCUUUUUAACAGCAUCAGCCCCUUUCAGGCCAAAAGAUUUGUGUUCAAACCAGACGAUAAAAAUGGGAUGGAGAUCCAGGACACUGUGGAGGCUCUCUUGGAAAGGCAAAAGCGUGAUAGCCAGCAGCCAAAUGUGCCCAAGACUCCCUCCUCAAGGCAGAAGGCAGAUCCUGAGUUUGCAGACAUGAUCAGUGCCGAGGAGGCCUGUAAAUCAGAUGGUGUGGAUGAAGACUGCUGUUACAGUGUCUUUGUGUCAUACAUCGAAAUCUAUAACAACUACAUCUAUGACCUGCUGGAGGAGGCGCCAUUUGACCCAAUCAGACCAAAGUGGCUUGAUGGUGGAACUCCUGUGCGAAACAAAGAGUUCAUACCUCCACAGUCGAAGCUCCUACGUGAGGAUCAGAACCAUAACAUGUACGUGGCUGGAUGCACUGAGGUGGAAGUCAAGUCCACUGAAGAGGCUUUCGAAGUCUUCUGGAAAGGUCAAAAGAAAAGGAGAAUUGCCAACACUACACUGAACCGUGAGUCGAGUCGCUCCCACAGCGUGUUCACCCUGAAGCUGGCCCAAGCGCCUCUAGAUGCAGACGGAGACCACAUACUGCAGGACAGAAACCAGGUGAGUGUGAGCCAGCUGUGUCUGGUAGACCUGGCAGGAAGUGAGCGCACCAACAGGACCAGAGCCGAAGGCAGCCGCCUCAGGGAAGCAGGCAACAUUAAUCAGUCUCUCAUGACUUUGAGGACCUGUAUGGAGGUGCUGCGAGAGAACCAGAUGUGCGGCACUAAUAAGAUGGUGCCUUACAGAGACUCCAAAGUAACCCAUCUUUUUAAAAACUACUUUGACGGUGAAGGCAAAGUCCGAAUGAUUGUCUGUGUCAACCCAAAGGCAGACGACUACGAGGAGAGCAUGUUGGUGAUGCGAUUCGCAGAGAUGACCCAGGAGGUGGAGGUGGCGCGACCCAUUGACCGGCCCAUCUGUGGUCUGGCUGCCGGGCGAAGACACAGGAACCAGGCCUUCAAGGAGGAGCUGAGCAGGAGGCUGGAGGAGCGAGGAGGGGCCGCUGCUGCUGUGGAUGACCCAGUGCUGCUGACCCAGCUGAUUGAGAGCCUGCCCCCACUGCCGCCCUGCACCCUGGUGGACCCUGCCGAUGACCAGCUUCUGCCUCAUCUCAUCCAGGUCCUGGAGAAGAGGCAACGUGUCCGCCAGAUAAUGACCGAGCAGUUCAAGAAGACAGCCAGCACCAUUCGAUCCAUGUUGGACCAGUAUGGCUCCCAGAUCAAUGCCAAAGAAGCCCUGAUCCACAACCAGCAGAGCAGACUGGGCGAAAAGGAGAAACUAAUCCUCAAUCAGAAGACUGAGAUCGAUCGCUUGGAGAAGAAGUCUAAGACCCUUGAGUAUAAGAUUGAAAUCCUCCAGAAGACCACAGACAUGUAUGAGCAGGACAAGCGUUCCCUGGAACAGAAGCUGGAGACCCAGGAUCAGCAACUGCAGAAGGAGCUGUCUGAGCGCAGGCGCAUGGAGCAGCGUAUGCAGGGCGUGGUGGCUGACACUAAGCUCAAGUGGGAGAAGGAGUGUGUGAGGCAAGUAAAUGCUAAGCAGCUGGAGAUGCAAAACAAGCUGUGGGUGAAGGAUGAAAAGCUCAAGCAGCUCAAAGCCAUCGUGACAGAGAGCAAUGGCAGCGCAGGAGUGCAAGAGUGCCCCCAGAGGCCAUCCAGAGAAAAGGACCGUGCUGUCAGACAGAAGAGGUCUGCCUCACCCUCACCAGUGGCUGCAUACAGCCAGACCACCUCUCACCCACCUCACCACUCCCACAACCGAGCAGUGCAGGUCUCACCUCCCCCCUCCUCCUCCCCCUCUUGCUCUCCUCCCUCGCAACGCUCAGUGGCGUCGUGCAUCUCUCAAUGGGAGCAAAGAUGUCCGAUGGAGGUGGGGGAGCAGAGCAGGCAGGGCACCCCCCAGCACAGGACCCCCAUGUGCAGCAGCGUGGGGCGCAGGAGAGGCAAGCACUGGGCUCCGGGCUCCCAGGCCCCAGCCACGCCCUUGUUCUACGGGCUGGGACUGGAGACAGACAUCAGGCCCAUCCCCGUGCACCCCACACACCGGCGUUCUCACUCGUGCGGUGCAGAGAAGUGGGUGGAUCACAAGCCCAGCACAAACCUGGAGCUCGACACUGUCAUGCAGCCCAUCAUCCACAAUGCCAUCACAGUGUCCAGCCCCAACGAGAAGGCCCUGUCCAAGUGCCACAAAUAUAUGCUCAGGCACCAAGAGCUGGCCUCAGAUGGAGAGAUCGAAACCAAGCUCAUCAAGGGUGAUGUGUUCAAAACCAGAGGAGGAGGACAAGCUGUGCAAUUUACAGACAUUGAGACACUGAGACAGGAGAAUCCCACAGGCCCCAGUCGAAAGCGGAGAUCAGGGUCGGCAGAUUCCCUUCAGAUGGAGGACAGAGAAAACAGGCCCCCUGUGACGAGUUCGGGCCCUGCAUAUCAGAAGCGGAGGAAGCCCUGAGUUGCUGUUGACCACAUAUCUGGAUCUUCUUGACUUGUUCCCCUCGAGCCCACAGGAGGCGCUCCAGAACAGAGAAGACAUGUGGUGGAAACUGCAUUAUCCUGAAGGCAUUACUGUGCAAUUUUAAGUCACUUAUUUGUAAUAUUUUGUUGGCCAUGCAGCCAUGAAUCCUUUCAGUGUAUUCUGUUUUUUGCUUUAUUUUAUUGUAGCUUUUAAAUCCAUUUUGUAUCCACCCAAAGAGUACACCUCCUGCUUUAGAGAUGUUGAGAAAUGCUUUUUGAAAAAAACACUUUUGUGUUGGUUUAAUGGACUUUGAAUAAGAAAAAAGAAUGACUUCAUGCUGGAUGUAUAUACUGGCUAGUUCACUCGUUGUACGUUCACUACGUUGUAGAGGAGCUGUUUGUAUUAAGUACUUUUAACAUUUGUAUAUUCAACAUCGGUGUAGCUGUAGCACCUGUUCUUUUUGAUAAGAUUAAAUUUCUUUAAAC